UGGGCACAGGUGGGUGCACUGAUGGGUGGCACUGCUGGGCACUGGUGGGUGGCACCUCUGGGUACUGUUGGGCGGCACUGCUGGGCACAGAUGGGCGGAACUGGUGGGUGGCACUGCUGGGCACCGAUCAUCAGGGCACUGAUCAUCAGUGCCCUGAUGAUCGUGUGAGGAAAGUGCAGCCGAGAACCGGCAAUUGCAUUUCCCGGUGAUCAGCGUGUCAUUGGACAUGGCCGAUCACGUGGUAAAAGGCCGCUGUGAUUGGCCUUUUACCACAUCACGUGAUCAGCUGUGUCCGUAGGGCACAGUGAUCACGG